AUUUAGUUUCUCGUUGCCAUUUUGUAAAGUGCUCUUAAAACAGUCGAAAGUUCAUAUACUGUACGCUUUUAAUUAAUUAUUGAAAAUAGAGGCUAUCCAGUUGAAAGCAAAAGGAUACUGUGUAAACCAAAUCUGGAAAAUUAUUUCCAUACAGAAAAAGAGGCUUUGGACAACGCAGGUGGUGGCUCGCAGCUUAAUCGUUAAAAGCACUAAGCAGUAUUAAUUUAAUUAAAGAGAAUAAGAGCAAACCAUAGUAACAAGAAAACUGACAAAAUCGAAAAAUACAAAUUAAAACUUAUUACAAAGCAACGAUCGAAACGAGAAUACGAGGAAAAUGGAGAAUUUCACUCCUAAGGAGGUGAAAAUUCUCGAAACAGUCGAGGACAUUCAAGAGCGUCGAGAGCAGGUGCUUUCACGGUAUAAUGAAUUUAAGAUCGAGACUCGCCAGAAGCGUGAGAAGCUAGAAGAUUCGCGACGCUUUCAGUAUUUCAAGCGCGAUGCGGAUGAGUUAGAAUCAUGGAUUCAUGAAAAAUUGCAGGCCGCAAGUGAGGAAAGCUAUCGCGAUCCCACAAACUUGCAAGCUAAAAUUCAAAAACAUCAAGCUUUCGAAGCGGAGGUGUCAGCUCAUAGUAAUGCCAUUGUCUCACUUGACAACACAGCUCAAGAGAUGAUUAAUCAGCAGCACUUUGCUUCCGAGACGAUUUUACGACGAUUGGAUGAGUUGCACCGUUUGUGGGAGUUGCUAUUGAAUCGCUUGGCCGAGAAGGGACAAAAAUUGCAACAGGCUUUGGUUUUGGUGCAAUUUUUACGCCAAUGUGAGGAAGUAAUGUUUUGGAUCAAGGACAAAGAAGCUUUCGUUACUGCAGAUGAAUUUGGGCAAGAUUUAGAGCAUGUAGAAGUAUUGCAGCGAAAGUUUGAUGAAUUCCAAAAGGAUAUGGCUUCGCAAGAAUAUCGUGUGAAUGAAGUGAAUCAAUUGGCUGAUAAGCUGGUUCAGGAUGGCCAUCCAGAACGCGAAACAAUAACCAAACGCAAAGAGGAGUUAAACGAGGCAUGGCAACGCCUUAAGCAAUUGGCUAUUGUACGCCAAGAAAAAUUGUUUGGUGCUCAUGAAAUUCAACGAUUCAAUCGCGAUGCUGAUGAGACCGUUGCUUGGAUUGCAGAAAAGGAUGUUGUAUUAUCAUCGGAUGACUAUGGCCGCGACCUGGCCAGUGUACAAACCUUGCAGCGGAAACAUGAGGGCGUCGAACGAGACUUAGCCGCACUUGAAGAUAAGGUAUCCACUUUGGGAGCUGAGGCAUUACGCCUGUGCUCGAUUCAUGCCGACCAUAGCGAUCAAAUUCGUGACAAACAAGCAGAAAUUGCUAACUAUUGGCAAAGCCUAACAGCAAAGGCACGCGAGCGUAAACAGAAACUAGAUGAAUCGUACUUUUUGCAUCGUUUUCUGGCUGACUUCCGUGACUUGGUAUCAUGGAUAAACGGUAUGAAAGCCAUUAUUUCCGCCGAUGAAUUGGCUAAGGAUGUAGCUGGAGCCGAAGCUCUCUUGGAACGUCACCAGGAGCACAAAGGCGAAAUUGAUGCACGCGAGGAUAGUUUUAAACUGACUACAGAGUCUGGACGCAAACUAUUGGAGCGUGAACAUUACGCUGCAGCUGAGAUUCAAGAGAAAUUGGCUGCACUAGAAAAUGACAAAAGUUCACUGUUAUCUUUAUGGGAAGAUCGACGUAUUCUGUACGAGCAAUGUAUGGAUUUGCAGCUUUUCUAUCGUGAUACUGAACAAGCAGACACAUGGAUGGCUAAGCAAGAAGCUUUCCUUGCCAAUGAAGAUCUUGGCGAUUCGUUAGACUCUGUUGAGGCUUUGAUUAAAAAGCACGAAGAUUUUGAGAAAAGUCUCGCUGCACAAGAAGAGAAAAUCAAAGCUCUUGAUAUAUUCGCUACCAAGCUAAUUGAUGGACAACACUAUGCUGCUGAUGAUGUGGCACAACGUCGUCAAAUGCUGCUGGCGCGUCGGUCGGCACUGCAAGAGAAGUCUGCAAGACGCCGGCAGCUGUUGGAAGAUUCCAAUCGCUAUCAGCAGUUUGAACGCGAUUGCGAUGAAACCAAAGGUUGGAUAAGUGAGAAAUUGAAGUUCGCUACCGAUGACAGUUAUUUAGAUCCAACCAAUUUAAACGGCAAAAUGCAAAAACACCAAAACUUCGAACAUGAACUCAACGCUAACAAAUCACGAAUUGAAGAUAUUACAACAGUAGGCACUGAACUGAUAGAAAAGGAGCAUUACGCGUCCGACCAGAUUAAUACACGAAUGCAGGAGAUUGUUGUAUUAUGGGAAACAUUGGUUCAGGCUUCUGAUAAAAAGGGAUGCAAGCUACAUGAAGCUUGUCAACAGCAACAAUUCAAUCGGACUAUAGAAGAUAUUGAACUAUGGCUAAGCGAAAUCGAGGGUCAGCUGUUGUCCGAAGAUCAUGGCAAGGACUUGACGUCGGUACAAAAUUUGCAGAAAAAACACGCACUUCUCGAAGCGGAUGUUAUGGCUCAUCAAGAUCGCAUUGAAAGCAUCAAGGUGGCAGCUAAUAAAUUCAUUGAAUCGGGACAUUUCGAUGCUGAUAAUAUUAGAAACAAAGAAGCCAAUUUGUCAGAGCGUUAUGCUGCCUUGGCUGCUCCGAUGGCAGAGCGCAAGCAACAUUUACUAGACUCAUUACAGGUCCAGCAACUAUUUAGAGACUUAGAAGAUGAAGCUGCUUGGAUUCGCGAGAAAGAACCAAUUGCUGCUUCGACUAAUCGUGGUAGGGACCUAAUUGGUGUACAGAACCUUAUCAAAAAACAUCAAGCUGUUUUAGCUGAAAUCAAUAAUCAUGAACCCCGUUUGCUUAAUGUUAUUAGUUCAGGGGAGAAUAUGCUAAAAGAGCAACCAUUUGCUAGUGAAGACAUUCGUCAACGGUUGGAUGCUUUGCAAGAACAAUGGAACACCCUGAAGGAAAAAUCAAAUCAACGCAAGCAAGAUCUUGAGGACUCAUUACAAGCGCAUCAAUACUUUGCUGAUGCUAACGAGGCUGAAUCGUGGAUGCGUGAGAAAGAACCAAUAGCCACUAGCAGCGAUUACGGGAAAGAUGAGGACUCCGCCGAGGCAUUACUGAAGAAGCACGAAGCGUUAGUCUCAGAUUUAGAAGCAUUUGGCAAUACAAUACAAGCAUUGCAAGAACAAGCUAGAAACUGUCGGCAACAAGAAACUCCUGUUGUCGAUAUAACCGGAAAGGAAUGUGUUGUUGCCCUUUACGAUUAUACUGAAAAAUCACCACGUGAGGUGUCAAUGAAGAAGGGUGAUGUGCUAACUCUGCUCAACUCAAAUAACAAAGACUGGUGGAAAGUUGAGGUUAAUGAUCGUCAGGGAUUUGUACCAGCUGCUUACAUAAAAAAAAUUGAGGCUGGUCUCAGUGCAAGUCAGCAGAAUCUUGUAGAUAAUCACUCCAUUGCUAAACGUCAAAAUCAGAUUAAUUCCCAAUACGAUAAUUUACUAGCAUUGGCUCGGGAACGUCAAAACAAAUUAAAUGAAACGGUCAAAGCAUACGUUCUUGUUCGCGAAGCUGCGGAUUUAGCAAACUGGAUUAAAGACAAAGAAAAUCACGCUCAAAUCGCUGAUGUUGUGGGUGAAGAUCUCGAAGAAGUUGAAGUGCUACAAAAGAAGUUCGAUGAUUUCAACGAUGACUUGAAGGCCAACGAGGUUCGCUUGGCAAACAUGAAUGAAAUUGCCGUUCAACUGACUUCCCUCGGUCAAACAGAGGCUGCUUUGAAAAUCCAGUCACAAAUGCAAGACCUGAAUGACAAAUGGACCAAUCUUCAACAAUUGACUGCUGAGAAAGCGAGCCAACUUGGAUCUGCUCAUGAAGUUCAGCGCUUCCAUCGGGACAUUGACGAAACCAAGGAUUGGAUCGCCGAAAAAGAAAAUGCCCUCAACAAUGAUGAUUUGGGUAAGGAUUUGCGCAGUGUUCAAACAUUGCAGCGCAAGCACGAAGGCGUUGAACGCGAUCUGGCAGCACUGCGUGACAAAAUCCGACAAUUGGAUGAAACUGCAAAUCGCUUAAUGCAGUCACAUCCAGAUACUGCUGAACAAACUUACGCCAAACAAAAGGAGAUCAACGAAAUGUGGGAUCAAAUCAUUACAAAAGCAACUGCACGCAAAGAAAAGCUUUUGGACUCAUAUGAUUUGCAACGUUUUCUCAGUGACUAUAGGGAUCUCCUUGCUUGGAUUAACUCGAUGAUGAGCCUGGUAACGUCUGACGAACUCGCAAAUGAUGUUACGGGGGCCGAAGCGCUUAUCGAACGUCACCAGGCUCGUCGCGCAGAACUCGAAUCCAUUAUUGGACACGGUAACACUCCCGGCACAUCUUUGUCUGAUGAGGAGCACCGGACGGAAAUUGAUGCACGUGCUGGAACAUUUGCCGCCUUCGAACAGUUCGGCAAUGAACUGUUGCAAACUAAUCACUAUGCUUCACCCGAAAUCAAGGAGAAGAUCGAGGACCUGGCUAAGACCCGUGAAGAACUGGAGAAAGCAUGGACUGCUCGUCGAUUACAACUUGAGCAAAAUUUGGAUCUGCAAUUGUAUAUGCGCGAUUGUGAGCUUGCAGAGUCGUGGAUGUCGGCACGGGAAGCAUUCCUUAAUGCCGAUGAUGUCGACAAUAAGGGCGAUAAUGUUGAAGCUUUGAUCAAAAAGCACGAAGAUUUCGAUAAGGCUAUCAAUGGGCACGAGGAGAAGAUUGCUGCCCUUCAAGUGCUAGCUGAUACGUUAAUUAAUCAAAAUCACUACGCAUCUAAUCUGAUUGACGACAAGAGAAAGCAAGUGUUGGAACGUUGGCGUCACUUGAAAGAGGGUUUGAUUGAGAAACGUUCCCGAUUGGGCGAUGAGCAGACAUUGCAGCAAUUCUCUCGUGAUGCUGAUGAAAUCGAGAACUGGAUCGCUGAGAAAUUGCAAUUGGCUACCGAAGAGAGUUACAAAGAUCCAGCCAAUAUUCAAUCGAAACACCAAAAGCAUCAGGCCUUUGAAGCUGAAUUGGCAGCCAAUGCAGAUCGUAUUCAGAGUGUUUUGGCAAUGGGAGAAAACUUGAUUGAUAAGAAGCAAUGCAGCGGCUCGGAAGAUGCUGUUCAGAAGCGUCUAACCCAAAUUGCUGAUCAAUGGGAAUAUCUCACACACAAGACAACUGAAAAAUCUCUGAAAUUAAAAGAAGCAAACAAACAGCGAACCUACAUCGCUGCUGUCAAGGACUUGGACUUCUGGUUGGGCGAGGUCGAAAGCUUGCUCACCACUGAGGAUUCUGGUAAGGAUUUGGCAUCAGUCCAAAACCUCAUGAAGAAGCAUCAGUUGGUGGAGGCGGAUAUCGUGGCACACGAAGACCGCAUCAAGGACAUGAACAACCAGGCCGAUUCCUUGGUCGACAGCGGUCAAUUUGACAGUGCUGGCAUUCAAGAGAAACGGCAAAGUAUUAAUGAACGCUAUGAACGCAUCUGUAAUUUGGCUGCACACCGUCAGGCUCGCUUGAACGAGGCAUUGACUUUGCAUCAAUUCUUCCGCGAUAUCGCCGAUGAGGAAAGUUGGAUAAAAGAAAAAAAAUUGUUGGUUGGCUCUGAUGACUAUGGUCGCGAUUUGACCGGUGUACAAAAUCUGAAAAAGAAACAUAAACGCCUAGAAGCUGAAUUGGCAUCACACGAACCAGCAAUUCAGGCUGUACAAGAAGCAGGUGAAAAAUUAAUGGAUGUUUCCAAUUUGGGUGUACCCGAAAUUGAACAGCGACUUAAGGCCUUAAACCAGGCUUGGGCUGAACUCAAGAAUUUGGCAGCUACACGCGGCCAGAAGUUGGAUGAAUCCCUGAUAUAUCAACAAUUUUUAGCCCAAGUAGAAGAAGAAGAAGCGUGGAUAACAGAGAAACAGCAAUUACUCUCGGUUGAUGACUAUGGAGACUCAAUGGCUGCUGUGCAAGGACUUUUGAAGAAGCAUGACGCAUUUGAAACGGACUUUGCAGCUCACAAGGAUCGCUGCUCAUUAAUAUGCGAUCAAGGAACUGAAUUAGUGGAAGCUAAAAAUCACCACGGUGACUCUAUUGCACAACGUUGUCAACAACUUCGCAAUAAACUAGACAAUUUGAAUGCAUUGGCGGCCCGCCGCAAAGGAGCACUUUUAGACAAUUCUGCUUACCUGCAAUUUAUGUGGAAAGCUGAUGUGGUCGAGAGCUGGAUCGCCGAUAAGGAGAACUACGUACGGUCUGAUGAAUAUGGGCGCGAUCUUUCAACUGUUCAAACUCUGUUGACAAAGCAAGAGACAUUUGAUGUUGGUCUCAAUGCCUUUGAACAAGAAGGUAUUCAUAAUAUAACUGCUCUAAAGGACCAACUUAUUGAUGCGAAUCACGCUCAAUCACCGGCUAUUUUGAAACGUCAUGAAGAUGUCAUUUCUCGUUGGAAUAAACUUCGGGAAGCCUCUGAGACACGCAAACAACGCUUGUUGGCCAUGCAAGAUCAGUUCCGCCAAAUCGAGGAACUCUACUUGACAUUUGCGAAGAAAGCUUCCGCCUUCAAUUCUUGGUUCGAAAAUGCCGAAGAGGACCUUACUGAUCCUGUUCGCUGCAAUUCGAUCGAAGAAAUACGUGCUCUGCGCGAUGCGCAUGCACAAUUCCAGGCUUCACUUUCGUCCGCCGAGGCAGACUUUAAGGCUCUGGCAGCGCUCGAUCAGAAGAUCAAGAGCUUCAAUGUUGGGCCUAACCCAUACACUUGGUUCACCAUGGAAGCUCUUGAAGAAACCUGGCGCAACUUGCAAAAGAUCAUAGAGGAGCGAGAUGGCGAAUUGGCUAAAGAGGCCAAGCGUCAAGAAGAGAAUGAUAAAUUGCGAAAGGAAUUUGCAAAACAUGCUAAUCUUUUCCAUACGUGGCUAACCGAAACAAGAUAUUAUAUGCUGGGUUAUAAUAGAGAAGGAACUAGCAUGAUGGAAGGUUCCGGUUCAUUGGAACAGCAACUGGAAGCUCUUCGCAUCAAGGCCACCGAAGUACGCGCCCGUCGUGUUGACUUGAAGAAAAUCGAAGAAUUGGGAGCAUUACUAGAGGAACAUUUGAUAUUGGACAAUCGUUACACAGAACAUUCGACUGUUGGCCUGGCCCAGCAAUGGGAUCAGCUUGACCAACUAUCAAUGCGUAUGCAACACAACUUAGAGCAACAAAUACAGGCACGUAAUCACUCUGGAGUAUCGGAAGAUUCACUAAAAGAAUUCUCAAUGAUGUUCAAGCAUUUUGACAAAGACAAGAGUGGUAAAUUGAAUCACCAAGAAUUUAAAUCAUGCCUGCGAGCGCUCGGCUAUGAUCUCCCAAUGGUAGAAGAAGGUCAGCCCGACCCAGAAUUCGAGGCCAUUCUCAAUGUUGUGGACCCGAAUCGUGAUGGACAUGUUUCAUUGCAGGAGUACAUAGCUUUUAUGAUUUCAAAGGAAACAGAGAAUGUACAAUCCUACGAAGAAAUCGAGAAUGCUUUCCGUGCUAUCACUGCCUCCGACCGCCCCUACGUAACAAAGGAAGAGCUUUAUUGCAACCUAACCAAGGACAUGGCGGAUUACUGUGUGCAGCGUAUGAAGCCGUAUGUGGAACCCCGUUCUGGCCAACCUAUAAAGGAUGCUCUCGACUAUAUCGAGUUUACGAGGACACUUUUUCAAAAUUAAAUGAAAAAUGUUAAAAAAACUUAACUUUCGUAACAUCAAAUUAAAAUAUUUCCUGCAAUUACUUGAGUAGUUUAGAUUUAAGUAUUAUUCACUGUCUACUGCUACUACUACUACUAUAUUCCGCAUGCAACGGAAAUACAUAUGGGCAGCCAAAAAAAAUUCGAACCGUGAGCGAUAAAAGUAUCAAUAUACCACAUAGAUAUAUAUGUUUACUAAUCAAGUUCGCGUAGCUUCGUAGCAUUGAAUGCAUUUAAAUAGUUUUGCUGACUUGAAUAAUCACGCUAUGAUUUUCUAUGCCGCUUAAAUACGAAGAUUAUCAAUAUAAUAUACCGUAAUAUACACAUGAAUAGAUACAAGUCAAAUCAGCUUAAUAUUAUCAAUUUUAUCAAGAAAAAGCGCGAUAUAUCGUGGACUUCUAUGCCUUUUCAGGUAUGCGGAAAACUAUCAUCACCAGUAAAUUCAAUAAUUUAUUAAAUGCUUAUCCGCCAAAAAAGUUAUUAAAUUUUGACACACAAUACGUUGGUAUAAGUGAGGAGGCUUAAGAAAAUAAACGCAUUGCGAUCUAAAAAAGUACAUUUACUAUUUACAUCCAUAUAAAAUGAAGAUAAUUGAAAGAAUUAUAAUUCCGUUUAUUAGAUAUACAGAUAAAUUUAUAUGACUUAGAUGAAACAUUUUCUAUUUACACAUGCACAUGCAUAUUUGCGAAUAUUUUAUGAAAUAAAGAGUUAAAAACCUUUAAAUAUGUCCCUUAAUAUAUUACUGCUGCAUGUCUAAUAAAGAUUAACAUAUACAUAAUAACAAAUAUUCUUUGUUUCAUACUCUCACUUAUAGGUGUAAGCUAUUUCUUGUAAUUUUGAACACUGCUCACUCACUGUAUCUCGACAUGGAACUGUACCGUUACCUCAAUAGCUUCUCGUUUUUUUAUAAUUUUUAUGGUCUUUCUAUUUGAAUCGAUGGUUUUAUAUUUCUUUUAGUAUAUUUCGCUUUUAUUUGUAAUUAAAAUAUCUUUUGCUUUUACGUAAGUUUUUGUCUUUGAAGUAUGUAUAUUAAUUUUAGCUGAAUUUGUUUUUUAGUUGAUUAUUUCACGGACUGUAUUUCACCGAAAAACAUUUUAAAUGAAUGGUUUUAUAUGUUGCAUCUUGUGAA